UCAAAAUCUUGUCGUGCGGCAUUUCAAUGCACGCCUAAAAAGUUAUUAAUAUAUACAUAAAGAAUAAUAUAAAUAAGGCAAUAAAUUGUUAAGCGUCACAAUGAUUGAUCUAAAAUCCUCUCGAUUUAUUUCUUCGUUUGUACAUUGUAGACAUAUGGCCACAUAUAAGAGAUUUUUUAGGAACACAGGUAUAUUAUCGAAUGGAGAUAAAUAUGAAAUAACAUUAGAUCAAAAAAAAUUAAAAACACCUCUUGGUAAAGUAUUUGAAGUUAAUAGUAAGCCAUUGGCUUUGGCUGUUGCUCACGAAUGGGACAGUCAAAAAGAAUUAAUUAAUCGAAAUUUCAUGCAUCUAACUGCGCUUUGUAGUACAGUACAGGAUAAUCCUAAUAAACUAACGAAAGCAUACAUUGCGAAUUAUAUUGUAAAUUUUUUGGAAACUGAUACAUUGCUCUUUCAGUCUAAUGGAAAGGAAAAUGAAAUAGAUGAUUUGUAUAAGUUACAAGAGGAUAAAUGGGAUCCUUUAAUACAAUGGUUUUGCGAUCGAUAUCAAGUUGAUAUUGAAAAGACAAAAACUAUAGAUGCACCAAUUGUAUUAUCGAGUACUAAACAUGAAAUAACAAAGCAUUUAUUAUCUUAUAAUGAUGAGGCAGUUUUUGGUUUUAUGUAUGGAGUAGACACUGUGAAAUCUGUUAUUCUAACAUUAGCAGCAUCAGAAAGAAGAAUCACUAUUGAAGAAGCCGUUGCACUUUCUAGAUUAGAGGAAGAGUAUCAGAUUUCCCAUUGGGGGAAUAUAGAGUGGUCGCACGAGCUUUCUAAAUAUGAUUUACAAUCACGAAUGGCAGCUGCGAUCCUAUUCAUUCAUUUCAAUUCUUAUUUUAAAACAAAUCAAUUAAAAACGAAGACAACAAGUAUCGUAUGAAGAAUAAUGAAUUGACCGGCGACAUAUUAUUAUAUCCUGUUAAUGUUUAACCGCAACAAUUGUUGCGAUUAAGUGAUAUUCGACUGUUGACAAUAGCAGUAUGAAUGAAAGCCAAUGGAUGGCGGGUACGAACAAAAAACAAACAAAAACA